AUGACAGCUCCUUAUCAAGAUGAUAGUGCUGCCGUUCCCCAAGGAAAUAGUCCAGAAGUUCAGCCAGUAAUUCCUUUCAUCCAACCACAAGUGCAGCAAAAUCCACAAUUGCAAUGUUACCCUCAAAUUCAAGGAUAUGUACCUCAGCCACCUGGAGGUAUGGCUCAGGCACCUCCACCACCACCUCCGCCUGGUUGGGUACCUCCACCACCACCAGGAUGGACACCACCACCAAAUUAUCGUAUGGAAGAUUACAUUCCAAGAGAUUACAAUCCAGAAACAUAUCAUUAUGAGCAGCACUAUCAAGAAUUCCCACAAUAUCAACAACAACCAUUAAUUGGCUCAAAUGUUAUUCAACAACCAGUAAUGGUACUACCAGAUGGAAGAGAAAUCAAGCCAGAACCAGAUCAAAGUACAUGGUAUACAGUCACAUUUGAAGAGACAAAAUAUACCGCAUAUUGGAACAGCUAUGAAUCAUUCGAACCUAAGAACUACAGAGAAAACUCAACACAUGAGAAGAAAUGGAAUGAUUGGCCAUUUGCCAUUAUAUUCCUUAUUGUAUUUUUGAUCAACAUUAUUCUUGGUAUUAUUGGUAUGACGAAGAUUUCAGAUUACCAAGGACCUUCUUUGAACAAAAAAGCACUUGCUUCCAGCACUGAUGAUGACCCCUACUCCUACGCCAAUGCUGUUCUCGAUGAUUUUGGGACUGCUAUGAAGAAAGGCCUAUUUUCUGCAAUUGGCUAUGCAUUGCUUUUCAAUGUUCUUCACGGUUUAUACGCGAUAUUCUUACCAUCAGUUUACAUCAAGUUUUCAUUUGUUAUACCAUUCAUAUUGACACUAAUUGUAUGUGUUAUUCUCACAAUUAUUACAAAGAUUUGGUAUUGCAUGAUUCCUGCAGGCAUUGAUCUAAUAUUUACUCUUUGUUGCUGCUACUGUUUCCACAGUUUACUUCCACUUGCAAUCUCUAUUUUCAAGCAGGCAAUAAAGGUUACACUCAAGUAUCCUGGUCUCAUUCUCGCCAACGUUGUACAGGGAAUCAUUACAGCUGCUUAUAUAAUUUUCAUGGUGUGUGAAAUUAUUGGAACCUUCUGUGCAGGUUGGAAUUUCGUAGCUUACAUUUGGGUUAUUUUCUCCGCUUAUUGGUUCACUUAUACAAAUAAAUUCGUGGAAAUUUUAAUUACUGCAGGUGUCGCAGGAACACAUUAUUUCCUUCUUGAUACAGAAUACAUGCCAAAGUCACCAACACUUGAAUCCACAAAGCGCGCAACAACAACAUCAUUUGGAUCAGCAUGCAAGGGUGGUUUGAUUGUUGCUAUCAUUGAACUUCUUGAAUAUUUAGCUGAAAACACCGAUGGCGGUUGUCUUAGGUGCAUUGCUCUUUGCAUUUUGUGCUGCUUAAGAUCAAUCGUUGAAAUUAUCACUCAUUACGGUUUGAUCUAUUGCGCUUUAUAUGGUAUUCCAUACUGGGAUGGUUGCAAGAGAUUCAUUGAAGCAACUAAAACACAUGCCUUCAGAACUCUUCUUGAUGGCGUACUCAUUAGAUAUUGCAUGAGCUACACAAUUCUUGUGUUUGCAAUUCUUUUGUUCAUCGUUGGUUUCGCAACUGCCAUCAGUUUCUCAGAUUAUAUGUUCUUAAGUUUGAUGUGUGGUCUCGAAUGCCUAUUGUUCUUCUCCCUCGUUAUUGAAAUCAUUUGUGGUAACUUCUGCACAAUUUGUGAUACACUUUUCGUAUGUUUCGGAGAGUGCCCAUUCAGAAUGAAAGUUAUUGAUAACGAAUUUUACGAAUUAACUUGGAAAGAGAUAUGGUAG